AUGACGAUCGCCACAGGUGAUUCACCCUUUGUUUUCGUCUUUUUUUGUUUUGUUUCGUUUUGUUUUGUUUUGUUUGGGGGGGACAAUGUCUGCAUUUCUUUUGGCAAGGACAGGGGAGAAAGGACCCCACGGCCAGCGUCGUUGCUAGCCGCUGGCCGCAGAUUGCGCUUGUGGACGCAGCCAUGCGAGCGUGCACGGGAGUCCUGUAAACGGUUACGCUUGGUCCCCUCCUCUUCUCAGGCUGUGACUGCCCCCGGGGUACCAAGUCCAAACUGGACAUCCCUGGGGUCUGAAGGCAUUAGUGCCACAUGGCUGAUCCCCAGCUCCACCACUUGGGCAAUGGACAUGAUCCUUGCCUUUGUGUGUGGACUAGGACUUUUCUUACUAUUAAUUCCUUACCUCCAGAGUAAGCCACCCUCACCACCAGUUGGGAAAAAGAAGAAACUGAGGAAGGUUGUACCACCUGUUUCCUGCAGCCAUCUAGGGAAGCUCCAUGGGAACAGCAGCUUUCAACUGCCAUUAAGAGGAAGUGCCCUGGGUGAAAUACUCAUACAUGAGUCUGCUAGAAUCCACCAGCCACCUGGACAGCCUAUGGAGGAUGGCUUUGUCACUACCUUGUCCCCUUUGGCUUCUCCAGCUCCUCUGACUGAGUGUCUACUGCCUCUGGCCUCUACCUUGUCAACAGUUGCACUGACUCCCCCAGUGUCUUUUGGAUCACACUCAUUCCAGAGUGCCACUAGGUCACCAGAGACUUUGAUUCCUCUAGGAAGACUUUCACCCCAGCCACCUGCACAUCCCCCACACCCAUCUCAUUCUAAUGGACACAUUACCUGCCCUCUGUCCAUGUCAGAUCCAAGCCUGGCUCUUCCUCCGGGUGCCUCAAAGGAAAUCCCACUGACGACCAUCCCAGAAACCUCCUCUCCAUCCAACAGCUCUUGGUUGCCUUCUCCUAUUCCUGACAUCUCUGGCCCUGGUCACUCUAGCUGUCCUAUCUCAGCACCCUCCUGGUGGCAGGUGGCUGCCAGAACCUGGUGCUUCUCCAAUUCAUCACAUGGUGAAUCCCAAGGAGUCCAUCUUUCCCACCACCCACCAGAGGACUCAUUCAGGCAGAUAGAGGUUGGGGGUCCCUUUUUCAUUAAUCCUGAUGUCCAGAAGCUGCUGGAGAUAAUGAUAAGUAAGAGAGCCAAACUUAAAGUUUGUAAGGGAAGAGGAAAGGAGGGAUCAGACGAACUACUGGAGUCACUGGGUAAUACAUUAAAGACACUGGGCAGCAAGCAGGACGCUAUGACCCCCCAACCCUUCUGGAACACAAAUGGCAAACCAGAGCAGCUUCUUGGUUCUCAGCAGCUCUUUUACCCCAAUCUGUUAGAGAACCAUUUACAGCAGAAAUGUAGCCAGCUUUUCUGGGGCUUGCCCUUUCUACACAGUGAGUCCCUGGUAGCUACCAUGUCUGGUCCCCCACUAGAAUUUCCCUCCAUUUUAUUCAAUGGACUCUCUAAUUACAUUCCAUUACAAGUUCAGGGUAAUGGACCUCCACGACUGUUUUCCCCCCAGCCCUUACUCCACCACUUGGUCCAGCCUCAACAUUUGACUCCAGUCUUACCCUGGUCCCAGCCUCCAUCAGUAGCUGGGAGCCAUACCCAGACUCAUCUCCCAUCCUCUCUCUCAAUCCCACCAUACCACUCACUCCCAGUGAGAGCCUAUGGAGUUUCUUGCUCUAUAAUCCAGGAUGGGACCCAAUUUCCUAUUCCAACUACUGUUCAACAUCUAGAACGUCACUUUUUGAAGAAGCGUCUAGAAAGUAAGAGGGUUUUACCCUCUGUGGUCAAAAAAUCUCAGGAUGUCUUUAGCCAAUACACUCCCAAAAAUUGGGCUUCCCAGGACCAGGGGUCCACUGUAAACCUCCCAGGGGAUUUUAUCAACCCAGAGCUCCGAGACCAUUUAGAGCAACACCUUCGACAGAGGUUCACACAACACCGGUACAGACUACCAUGCAAGAUCCAGCUGUCUCUGGACUUGAUGGAUUCUAGGGGCAAAUUCCCAGGGGCAGGCCAGACAAAGAAUAUCAAGGAGACUUCACAAACCUCCAUGUUUGCAAAUGACAGCAGUCAGAAUAUACAGAAGACUAUCUCAAGGGGCCCAGAAACUCUCCAGAGAUGGGAGAACUCCAGCAAGGACCUGGGUCAUUGUCUGGGAAGGGUAACAAAAGGUCUAUACAGGGAUCCAGAAAACUCCCCAGUGAGGGUUCUAGAAACCAUCUCUGAGAUAGAGUCAGAAAGGGACUUUAUGAGACUCACGAGAAGUGACUCAGGUAAUGCUUCCUUGAUGGGUCCAGACAAGAAGCAUUUAGAGGACCUCUUACAUGUCCAUUUAAACCCAAAGAUGGGGCAGAUCAAUAUGGGCAGGAUCCCUGUGGGUGUUUAUCAUUCUGGGCACACUAUGGACCAUGCCUUGGCCCCUUCUGAAAACUCAAACAUUGACAUGGGAACUGGGAAUGAACUGUCCUCAAAGGUUUGGGAGACCUGCAGAAGCCCAUCCCAGAAGCUUUUUCUUCUUCACCCUGACAUUGAACAGGUGCUGGAGGCACAUGUUAAAAGGCUUUGGGUGAGACACAGGUGGGGCCUACUACUCAAGGUCCUCAACUCCAUAAACCUCCUCACCCUUAAGAAGGCUCCAGCCUUGCCCCCUCCACAGCCUGCCUCUCCCUACUUAACCUCCUGUGACUCCAGGGCAGACUCCAUGGCCAAGGUGUCCAAUUUCCUAGGAGACACUCUUGAAAAAAGUCCAGAAGAAGAGGUGACAGGAAAAACUGAAAUUACAACCAUGCAGAGUCCUUUUCCUGCCUCCUCACUCAAGUCCCCGAAAGAGACAUCAUCUAGUGACAACUGUGAACUCUCUGAGACCCCUGUAAUUGCACAGGAAGGGAGCCUUCUUUCUCAACCCAGAACUUGCAGCCUUGUGGGAAGAACCUGGCACAUUGAUACUGUUCUGAGGUCUGGGAGAGGCAGUCCCAAACCAAGUCUGGGCCCAGUAACAGGUAUGCAUGAGCCGCAGGUGAGAGGAAGCGUGCUCUCUCGAGACUCCUUCCAUGGUGUAUCCAUACAGGAGAGGUCUGUAGAACCCAACUUGUCAAGGCCAGAAAACAUCAGGGAGCUAGUGGAGGACAAUGAGGAGCCGUCCUCUGAUUGGGAAGUCACAUUGGGGACCAGUGUGAUGGCAAGCUCCCAAUCCAAUAGUGUGAAUAUGAGAAGUUUGGAAUUUCUGGGGAGCAGCAAAAGCCCAUCCUUGUCCAGAAUAUCUAAUUCCCAUAAUCCAUUAGACUCGUGCCUGAAAGAACAGGCAGGGUCAGCCAACACACCACAUGGCCAAGCUGCUGCUGGUGUCCUGCAGGACUGUGCCACUAGCACGUACCUGCAAAACUCUGCUCCUGAGGUGCUCCUUACUGCAGACAUCCUGGCUUCCCAGGGACCUCAGUCAAGUUCACAGAACAUUUCUGGUAGCAGCACACACAUUUCCCAGGGGCUGUGCCCUCCCUUGUCAAUGAGAAGUUACAACCGGGAACAACAGGAGAUCAAGACCUGCAAGUUCCAAGACCUAUGGUAUAACAAGUUGUUUUGUUCACUUGAGAAGAAAGAGAGCUGUUGGAAUCCCAUAGCAGGAGAGCAGGAAGACAAGCUUGCAGGGAUGAAGCUCUUCCAAGCCUCAGGGAUGAAUUCUGCUGACCAGGUUAGGGAAAUAAGUGCCGUUGGGAGCAAUUCCUCCCCAUGCCCACCAGAGCAGGGACAGGAUUCUACAGAAAGGCAUUUCAUGAACAAGAUAAGGACAUUUCUGAAGUCAGUCUUCCCCAAUAAAGGCAAAGAGCAGGCAAAAUCCAUGAAAAAUAUCAAGGACCCAUCAGCUGCUCCCAAGACCCAAGGGUCAGUCACAAGCAAACACAUGGAUAGUGGCGUGGGUGAAGCCCAAACGCUCAUGACCACUAUUGGAUUGAUAUUAGAGGAGAAAAUGAGGUUACACCAUAAAUUUUCUGGCUCCAGGAAAAAUCUGCCCAAACAAGAAUCCCAGACUCCUUUGGGUAGGCAUUCCCACUAUCACAGGACUCCUUCCUUCCCUAAGCCAAGCAGAGUGAUGAGUAGGGCCUGUGAUCCCCAAGCUAGCCCCAAAGAUACUGAUGCCCCAGAGAUGCAUCCUCACAGCUCUGCCAUGGACAGUUUGCCUCAGCAGAAUGUCUGA